AUGAAGUUCUUCACGUGUCUAAUGUUACUUUUGUUCAUACGAAACUCAGUGAAAAGUGAGAAGCCAUUUAAAAGUGUACCAGUGACUGUAAAAACUUAUGAAAACGAUACAGUGUUGUUACCGUGCUAUAUUGAGGGGAAUGAGGGCAAGCUCCGCAUCCGCUGGUAUAAAGACAAGACACUCCUGGGAGACAGCCACACUCCUCACGAGACCAUGCCGCCUAGAGUACAGAUGCACUCCAACUACAGUCUGCAGGUCGACAACCUUCAAACACAGGACACCGCUGACUAUACUUGUGAGAUCAUCCGACCGGAGCCUUGGGGUCCAAUAAAGCAGACACACUCUAUUGAAGUUCUAUAUUCCCCAACAGUAAAGACGAUACCAGAAGAUGGUUUCCUGGAAGUUCGCAAGGGGGAUUACGUAGAUAUCGGAUGUGAGACCACGGGCACACCGCCCCCUAUUGUGGACUGGAGGAAAAAUGGGGAACCGAUGGCGUUAUUAGAACAUCGCUCCCGCAUCAGAUUUAGGGCUGAACAUCGGUUACUGGCAGGGGUUUACGAGUGCAUCGCCAAUAAUGGAGUCGGGGAACCUGCCAGAGCAACUAUCACUGUGGUUAUACAAGACGCCCCAGUAGUAACUUCAGACCGUACCUACGUGCACACUGCAAUAGGACUCCGAGCUGCGCUAGCUGCUAAGCUGGAGUUCGCAGUGCCACCAGCUAGAACCGCCUGGUACAGGGACGGGAGACCAGUGAGGACUGAUGAUAGGAUAGUACAAAUGGUACAUGACAAUGUACACCACCUGAUCUUCAGGAGCGUUAGGAAGACGGACUUUGGGAACUACACGUUUAGGGCCGAGAAUAAAUUGGGCAUGGCUGACCUCAUGUUCAGGUUAACUGGUGUUCCAAACGCAGCCUCAUUCAAAGUGGAUGCUACCCUGAACAAAGCCACAGCAACCAGCUUCACCCUGAUCUGGGAAGUCGACUCCUAUUCCACUAUCAUUGAGUACAAUCUAUGGCUCCGUCCAUACUACGGUCGGUUGGUGACUUCCGAACCGGAUGCCUUCACCACUGAACCGCCCGCCAACCACUGGAUCAAGAUUGUCGUUCCCGGAGACUCUAGUGAUGGUCCGAUUCACAGUGCAAUCUACACCGUACGAGGAUUAACACCAUCCACGGUGUACGAAGCUAUCGUUACAUCGAGAAACAGGUUUGGUUGGAGCAAACCAUCUUCGAUAUUACAUUUCGCUACGGAGCCGGGAGGUAGGACAAUUGCAAUUUUUGCUGGUCGCACAAGACCAUCAACAGCAGAUUAUUCAGAAAUAACUCCAAUACUUGUUGAGACGGUUCCAGAGCCUCACAAUAUUUCGCAAGCUCAAGUUUUCGAACGACUCAACGAAGUGUCAAGCGGAGCGCGGGAAACUACGUCUUUGGCGGCCAUUUUAAUUUGUUAUUGUAUUUUGUUUAUGUUUAGCUGA